AUGGCUACCAACGGCGAUAUACCACAAGACCGCAAACUCCGCAUCCUAAUGCUCCACGGGUUCACCCAAUCCGGCCAUCUCUUCGAAAUCAAGACCAAAGCUCUUAAGAAGUCAUUAGAAAAACAUUUCCCUCCCGCACCAAAACCAGGCCAUCUAAAACAAUACCCAGGAGGCCUCGAACUAGUCUACCCAACCGCUCCCAUCCGUCUAGAUACCACCGAUAUCCCUGGCCAAGACGCCUCCAGUUUCGAUGGACCAGGCAGGAACGAUGGUUCGAGAGCCGACAAUGACGGGAUUGAGGCUUACGGCUGGUGGCGACGGAAAGGCGAUGGCGAACCCUACACUUACGAAGGUAUGGAAAGGGGGUUCGAACGCAUCGCCGAAAUUCUGAAAAAACAAGGCCCGUUCCAGGGCGUUCUGGGUUUCUCGCAGGGCGGUGCGGCUGCGGGAAUGGUGGCUUCAUUGCUAGAGGUGCAGAGGCGACCAGCGUUCGAGGCUGCGCAGGCGAAGGGUGGAAUGCGCUACCCAGACUCGUUCGUACAAGAUUCCGGUUUCAUCGAGGAGACAAUACAUCCUCCCAUGAAGUUCGCUAUAUCCUACUCUGGCUUUGGAGCGAGCACGAACGACCUCUACCAAGCUUUCUACGAGCCUAAGAUUGAGACGCCUAUGCUUCAUGUGCUGGGUACGGUAGACACAGUGGUAUCGGAGGAACGAUCGCUACGGCUUGUCGACUCCUGUGUGGAAGGACGCGGGAAGCAGGGAGGUGUGCAGAGGGUGGUGUAUCAUCCUGGCGGACAUUUCUUACCGAGUAGUGGGAGACAGUAUGUUGCGGCUUUGGUUGCGUUUGUGAGGGAAGUACUUGGGGAGACUGACGGGCUUGCUAAAGGUGAGAAGAAGGAGGAGAGUGUUGAGGAUAUGGAUGUGCCUUUCUGA